AAGAACGCGACACACUCGUCUCACGGAAAUCCUAAAUAAUUCAACCAAUCCGAUGUCUACUUCGACACUUCUGAAGUGUUUCCUCUUUUGUGUCCUAUAUGCAUCAGACGUUUAGCCAACAGUCCGUGGUCACAGCUCACCAGCUCACAGGCGACAACCGCGGAGUCCGGUACACUUAGUUUCUGAAAGGAAUUAUUUGUCAGUCAAAAGAAAUAAUGCGGCAUGUACUGCUUUUGCUCCUUGGAGCUCAUCUGGCCUAUGCUGGAACGCACUCUCUGAGAUACUUCUACACUGGUGUUUCUGGAAUCAAUGACUUCCCAGAGUUCAUUGCAGUUGGUCUGGUUGAUGAUGAGCAGUUUAUGUACUUUGACAGCAACACAAAGAAAGCUGUGCCAAAGACAGAGUGGAUCAGACAGAAUGUGGGAGAAGAUUACUGGGACAAAGAGGCUCAGAUUGAUAUUAAAGCACAUCAGAUCUUCAAAAUCAACAUCCAGAACAUAAGGGUACACUUCAACCAGUCAGCAGGAGUUCACUCAUGGCAGCUGAUGUACGGCUGUGAGCUGGAUGAUGAUGGCACCAAACGAGGAUACUAUCAGUAUGGUUAUGAUGGAGAGGACUUCCUCAGUCUGGAUAAGAGCACCCUCACCUGGACUGCUGCUAAUCCUCAAGCUGUCCUUACCAAGAACAGAUGGGAGACUAAAGAAAGACAGUUAGCAGAAUACUGGAAAGCUUAUCUGGAGAACACAUGCAUUGAGUGGGUGCAGAAGUAUGUGGCAUAUGGGAAGGACACUCUGGAGAGAAAAGUCUCUCCUCAGGUGUCUCUGCUGCAGAAGUCUUCCUCGUCUUCAGUCAAAUGUCAUGCCACAGGUUUUUUCCCCAGUGGAGUAACAAUCUCCUGGCAGAAAAAUGGACAAGAGCAUCAUGAGGAUGUGUAUCUUGGUGAGCUUCUUCCCAAUGAGGACGGGACCUUUCAGAGGACGAGCACCAUCAGAGUUUCACCUGAUGAGCUGAAGAAUAACCAGUUCAGCUGUGUGGUGGAGCAUCAGGCCGAAACCAUCAGAAGCAUUCUGACAGAUGAUUCUUCAGCUUCUGUCCCCAUCGGCAUCAUUCUUGGUGCUGGUGGUGUCCUCCUGUUGAUUGUCACUGCUGUUGCUGGAUAUAAGAUCUAUCAGAGAAAGAAAGGCUUUAAACCUGUCAAUGCCUCUGAUGAUGGUUCAAACAGCUCAGCUCGUUCAGAUACAAAAACAUGAAGAUGAGAUGUUGACCAGAUGAGUGCAAGAGAUGAAGUAAAAAUGAGCUCAUCCUGCUUGUUUAUAACACACAAACACACACUUUCUCUCUCUCACACACACACAGGAUCAUAGAUUUCAGUGACAGGAUUGGUUUAUAUCAUGGUUCCAUAUUAAUCACAUCUGCAAAAGUUUUUGUUUCAUCACACUUUAUGUUCAUCUUUUGUUUUUCUUUAACUGGAUGAACUUGUUCAUUUUAGGAUGACAUGUUGAUCUCAGAACCUAAUUGUAAAAUGUAUAUAUUUCUCUUUGGUGACAAAACCAGAGAAAGCCAAGAAUACAAAUACUUGAUUUGCAAGUUUGAUUAAUUUGUAGGAUUUGUGAUAUCAGUAUUGAUUGUGAAAAAAGGAGACACUUUUGAAUGUGUGUACAGUCAGUCAUAGUAUAGUAUAGCAGUCAUCUCUUGUGUGUAUGAGAUGUUUCUAGCGAGACUAUUUCUGUAGGAAAUAAAAUAUUAAAUAAAUCAGGGGAAGGCUAACAAGUCAUGGAAAAACUAUCUCCUGCAAACUUAAAAUACUUCUGUACAGUACAGUAAACUAUAGAUAUUUUCCUUGAUUUAAGGUUACUUAAUCUAAAUUAUGUAAAUAUUUUUUAUAUUGAUUGCCUUUAAAACAUUGUAAUCUUAUUUUGAUUCUUUAAAAAUAAACAAACUUUACAAAAAAGG